GGGCGUAUGCGACCCAGUGUGUGAGCCCUGCCGCCCCUCAGUGUCCCCGCGGCUCUCUUGCGCUCUCCUCCUCCUCACCAUGCACACGUUCGCGCUGCCGUUGCUGCUCGCCCUCCAGGCGUCCGCAGGUGCGGCGCAACAGGACGGGGAGCCGGUGGCGUGCGAGAGGCACCUGGAGGACAGCUGCUGGGGGGACGUGACGGCGCACGUCGACUGCCUCCUCAACCCGCGCAGCGCCCGGAGCCGCGAGUGCGAGCGUGGCACCGCGGACCAGCUGUGCAGGUCCCUGGAGGACGCCCUCCGCUGCUCCUCCGAGAUGGACCCCGAAAGCGCCGGCUGUGUUCUCAAGUCCGGCCAAGAGAACUUCGACUUCUGGAUCCGCGGCCUCGAGGCGGUCAACACGAAGCUCUGCUUCGAGGGGCUGAUGGCGAACAUCGUGUCGCACGCCGUGUGCUGGGACACGCUGCGCUUCACGCGCUGCGUGCAGCACUCGGUCGAGCAGCUGCAGCACGUCGUGGACCUGGCCUCGCUGCCGGCCGGCGCCGAGAGCGCGCCGCACCUCGGGCCGCGCGAGCACUGCCACCUGUCCAUGCUGCGCGUGGCCAAGUGCGCGGCGCUCGCCGCCUCCAAGGACCCCGCCCCCGACGUGCCGCCCCCGGACGACCACCCCGCCGGCGUGCCCUUCAACUUCUGCGCGCAGGCGCCGCCCGUCGACGUCCUCAACGACCUCCUGGCCGCCUACUUCUCCGCCAGCGAGUGCGGGGGCGCGUGUCCGACGCCUCCAUCGCAGCGGCAGCAGCCAACCCCCGCGGCGCCGGAGCUGCCGCAGGAGUCCGAGGCUGAGCUCGGCCACAGACCAACGCCAAAGGAGCAGCUGCCCUUCCUCUGCGGCUCAGCCGCCUCCGCCGCUCACUCCACCACCUUGCUCUCCAUCGUGAUCGCGGUCUUAGUAAAGUUUCUGUAGAUG